GCGGCAGCGAUGGCUCUGCAGUGACGGUUGGCUCUAACGGUUGCUAUUGACAUUGCGGCGCGCAGCGGCCAGCGGAUUCUGCCGAGCGCCCAGCAGGGGAAGCCAUCGGCCCCGCGCAGGAGGCCGCGGUAGCGGCGCGGUGAUGCGGCGGUGCUGAGGCCUGGUGCAUCCGCCCCCUCUCCUGCAGUUGGAUCGGGAGUCGCGGUCCGGGCCGCCGCCGCCCUGCGCUGGGCUCGCGGUUCCUUCCCGCCCCGCGCCCCCAUGCGGGGCCCCUGCUAAGCCGCCGGCGGGACGGGUGAGGGCGUGUGGCCGACAGGAGCAGGCCCGGCGGGCGGGCGGCCCGGCAUGGCCCGCAGCCUGGAGUAGCGCCGCCGCCGGGCCCGCUGCAGGGGGAGGAGGAGCCUCGCGGCCGCCGGACAAGCCAGGCCCCGGCCCCGUGACUCUGUCGGAGAGGGCCGGGCGGGCCCUGCGGGGCGACGAGCGAGCCCGGCGCAGCGCGGCCCUUCGCCCCGCCCAGCCCGCGCCGGGCAGCGCCGCGGGCUCCGCGCCCGCUUGGGCUGCCGGUCGGCUCCAGGGGCCCCGGAUCCCCGCUGACUCUCGGCCGCCGCGGACUAGCCGCCGCCCUUUCUUCUCACCCCGGAGCCGUGGGCGUUGGAGCGGCUGCGAUGAACCCGGUGAAUGCCACUGCUCUCUACGUGUCAGCGAGCCGCCUGGUGCUCAACUACGACCCCGGCGACCCCCAGGCCUUCUCCGAGGUCACCAAGCUCCUACCUUACUUCCGACAGUCCCUCUCCUGCUGUGUUUGCGGAAAUUUGCUACAGGAUCCUAUUGCUCCCACCAACUCCACGUGUCAGCAUUAUGUCUGCAAAACUUGUAAAGGCAAAAAGAUGAUGAUGAAACCAUCAUGUAGUUGGUGCAAAGACUAUGAACAGUUUGAAGAAAAUAAACAGUUGAGCAUUCUAGUAAACUGCUACAAAAAACUGUGUGAAUACAUAACACAGACUCCAUUGGCACGAGACAUAAUACAAGCAGUUGACUGUUCUGCAGAUCUUUUGGCUUUUCUCAAAGAUGGAUCGCCACUCCAUGAAGAUACAGAAAACAUUUCUGAUGCAGCCAUGCCUUUGUGUUUGACACAUUCUCCAUUACCUUCAACCUCAGAACAUAUUAAUGAUCCUCAAGCUAGUUUUUCUUCCAUACCUGAAAGCACACAUAAUAUUGAUAUUAGAGGUUCUGUUAUCAAUGGGUUGCCCAAUUGUAAUGGGCUUUCAGUGGAUAAACUUGGAGUAAAUAUUCCUUCCCCUGAACAUGCAAAUACAAUUGAUGUGUGUAGUACUGGAGAGUACAUAAAAACUGAGGAUAUCUCUAGCAGUCUUCAGCCUGUGUGUGACACAGUUUCUGCUAGUGACUUGUGUACAUCAGGCCUUGACAUCUGCAGUUUCAACGAAGAUAUAAAACCUGGCUCGCUAUUGCUUAGUGUUGAGGAAGUUCUCCGAAGCUUAGAAACUGUUUCAAGCACUGAAGUCUGUGGUUCUGAUUUGCAGCCCAGUUUGGAAGCCACCAUAUCCAAUGGUCCUUUCCUGCAGCUUUCUCCCCCACCUCUUAGCCAUAAUGUUUUCAUGUCCACAGGUGCUUCUCCUCAUGGGAUCUCAUGUACAGCAGCAACACCUAAGGUAGUUAAGUUAAACCGAAAGCGAUCUCGAUCAGAAAGUGACAGCGAAAAGGUUCAGCCACUACCUAUUUCCAGCAUCAUCUGUGGCCCAACAUUGGGAGCAUCAGCUCCAGUAACAGUGAAACAGGAAAAUAAAAUGUCUUUGCAGCCUGUAGCAACUGUACCCAAUGGAGGCACUACUCCCAAAAUAAGUAAAACUGUACUCCUGCCUAAUAAAAGCAUGAAAAAGAAUCUAGAACAUGCCCCCAAGAAAUCUCACCCGAAAGCCAAACCAGGAAUACUGAAAACAAAAGACAAAGCAAAGGAAAAGGUUGCUAGCAGUAAUGUUAUGCCAGGAAGUCCGACAAAAACUGCAUACAAAAAGCCACAAGAAAAGAAAGGGUGUAAAUGUGGUCGCGCCACCCAAAAUCCAAGUGUUCUUACAUGCCGUGGCCAACGCUGCCCUUGCUACUCUAACCGUAAAGCCUGCUUAGACUGUAUAUGCCGUGGCUGCCAAAACUCAUAUAUGGCUAAUGGGGAGAAGAAGCUGGAAGCAUUUGCAGUGCCAGAAAAGGCCUUGGAACAGACUAGGCUUACUUUGGGCAUUAAUGUGACAAGCAUUGUGCGCAGUGCCAGCACAAGCACCAGUGUAAUUAAUGUGACAGGGUCACCAGUAACUACAUUUUUAGCUGCCAGUACACACGAUGAUAAAAGUUUGGAUGAAGCUAUAGACAUGAGAUAUGACUGUUAAAUCAUUUUUUUUGUCUUUUCCCUGCCCUUACUAGGGGAACUGCUACAGUUUUAAGGCAGCUAUGGUUCUGUUUAACUUGCCGAAGCUCCUGCCUAUAGAUCACUUGUAUCAAGUGUUUUUCAUUGCUAUGUUAUGUGUGUUAGUGUCUGGGAAAUAGUUUGCAGAUAAUGGAGGAGUUACCCUAAAACUAUGUCUUUAGAUCUCACAGCACCUCAUAGUUUGAGAUCAGAUGCUGAUGUAAAUGGUUUUAAUACAAGAUGACCUUUGGAAAGAAACAUAUUAACCUCAUUGUGCCAGUUAAUGCUUUGUGCUCAAUUAAAGCUUCCGAUUAAAUGUAAGGAAGUGGUAUCUAGUCAGUCCAUCAAAGUUGUGCUAGUUCAUGAUGUAUGAAAGUAACUGCCAAAUACACUGCCAUAGUGAGUCAGUGUUGCUAGCAAAUCACAUCCCAUUCCUGUUGAAAGUACAGUAUUAACUGAGGACUGCAGUCUUUGAAUGACACAUCUUUUUUGAUCAUGAGCGUUGGUUAUCUAGAGCAUGGAACAGUACAAAUUAGUAAUUUCAUGGAAAGAGAAGUUGUCCCUCAUUGGAAUUGGCUUAGAAGUAACUGGGCAAUCAACUGGAGUCAGUUGUAAAAUGGCUGUCCCUCCAGAUCCUGCUCAAGUCUCUGUGUAAUCGCUUCCUUCACUUUUUCUAAAAAGCCUGCAGGUGGCUGUGUGACUGGUAUAUUUUAUGCCCUGUGGCACUAACUUCAUUCAUCUUUGGCAUGUUGCUGUUCACUUCAUCAUGAGAGGGGAAACAACUAAUAAACAAAGAAAGGCCAAAUACCACAUAAGUAAACCCAUUGAUUUCAGUGGGAGUUGCUGCAUGUGGUGUCUGAGAAGAAUUUGACCAUAGGUUACAAAUAUAAAAAAUAAAUCUGGGCUGGGUUAAAAUCUUUGUCCAUUGGUGCCCCCCAAUACAUCCUAGUUUAUACAGCCUUUACCCACCAUUGGUUUCUCUUUUCUUCACUUAAAGAUAUAAAUGAGGUUAACACUGUAUUGUCAUGUACUUGGGAUCUAUUUACUCUAGGAAAAUAGCCCAUUGUUACUUGCUUCCCCUCAGUCAGGAAAGAGAACUGAUGGGUAAACAGGAUCAAGUUAUUUUCAGUACUCAUUAGAUAAAGUAUGCUAGACAGCUUAUUUCACCAAGUGUUCAGCUCACUCGUCUACAUUCAGUAUGCCCAACUGGUUGAUUUCCAGUUAAUCUCUGAAAAUAAGGAAAUAGUUCAACGAAGGCUUUUUGCAUUUUGCACAACAUUACAGCAAUUUUAAGAUUUUUUUUAAUGCCAUUCUAAAGAAGUCAGACUUCCUCACGAUGCAGCGAUAUCUCAUCUUUAAAUGGCACAGCACAAAUAAAAGAUGGUCUGACUAGUAUACAAAGCAUUAUCCUUCUAAUUUAAAAGACAGUUACUAUUAUAACAGCAUGUCUAAAGAGAAACAGUGCUCAAAUUUUUCAGAUUCCAUUUUAUGGCAGCCAUAUUUUUAUUAAUUAAAUGAAAUCUCCAGUGAAUUAUGACAUAAUGUUGGACAUAUUUUGAUUGUGCACAAAGCAUGUACAAUGAUGGUUACCUGUCUAAGAAAUAAGCAAAAACUUUUUGGACACAAAUCAGAUGACACCACCUUUUUGUUUUUGUAGUGUACUAUGGUGUCAUUUUUUGUGAACGUGGUCAGAUAAUUUUUUUCGUUUUGUUUUGUAUUUCCCCCCGUCUUUUUUGUGGGGUCGGGUAGGGUGGGGUGUUAAAGCCAUAGGAAGAAAAAUGUGAUGUAUGUGUCCAGUCUGUACUAUUUUGUUUUUGUUUUGCAAGAAGAGUUGAAAAAUAUUUUUGAUAACGAGAGUAAAUGGUGGAAAAUG